AUGGGUGCUGCCUCUCUGAGGGCGUUUCUGGGAGAAACAGUCGCCACUGCUACCCGCGUCUCCAGACCUCCCUUCUGCCAUACUAGUGGUAAGGCCGCUGCAAGGCGAGGUUUCGCUGGGGCAGAGACCCACGGGGGUGACGACAUCCACAAGGUGGAGCGACUGGUCUGCGAUUUUUCUGUCACCACAAACGCACUCGGACCUGUGCCCGGGGCACUUGAUGCUGUGAGGCGACUCUUUGAAAACGGCGAUCACGGCAGUGCAGGCGUUUGGAGCAUGCCCUUUAAUAAGGGCGAUGCAAGGCAGUCCGGCAACCAGGCCGGCGAAUGUACAGGCAUCUCCGGCGAGGUAUCCUCUAAUGCAGCAAUCGAGCAUUACCCGAAACGGGCAGACGACGAGCUGGAGCUUCUGACGGCCGCAUUCCUGCGUGGCGACGCGAAUGCAGAGGUCACGCGCUCCCAGCUGAUCUUCGGCAACGGCGCCAGUGAGCUCAUAGAUUUGUUGGGCCGGGCUGCCCCACAAGGAAAGUACUGUCUCAAUCCCUUCACGGAAGUUCAGUACCGGGAGUAUCAGCGGGCCUGCGACAAUGCAGGGAGAGAGUGCACCAAGAAUCCCAAGGACGCAUCGGUUAUUUGCUUGGUGAAUCCCAACAACCCAACGGGUGAUUUCUUCGAGCGGUCCGAGAUGGAGGCGUGGAUCUCGGAGCAUGCUGCGCCUGGCAGCUGGGUCAUCGUUGAUGAGUCCAUGCUCUUCUGGGCCGGCCCAGACUUUCAGGAGCGUGGAGUUAGUGCGAGUUUCACCGAGUCCAUGGUGAAGAAGCAUAUCAAUAUCUUCCUGGUGCAAUCGUGGACAAAGAUAUUCUCGUGCACUGGGUUGAGGAUAGGCACGGUGCUGUGCCCUACCGCGGAGAAGAGAGACCUGCUCCAGGGGAUGCAGGUGCCAUGGUCAGUGACUGCCUUCGCUCGAGCCUACCUUAAAGCCGCCUUGAAGGACCGCACCUACCUGGAGCGCACUUGGAGUGCGACACCUGCCUGGCGAAGCCACAUGAUCACCCGCCUGCAAAGACUGCAUCCUGAGUGGAAGUUCCUCGGUAAGCCGUGGCUUUCGUGGAUUUGGAUCGACACGGGCAGCUCGGAGGUCGCCCAGGAUGUAUACAAAACGGCGCUGAAGUGUGGCUGUCCUAUACGCCAUGCUGCAUCUGGAUACGACAGGCCAACUGUCGUGCGGCUGGCGGUCCGCAGACCCUACGAUUUCUCCGUGCUCCACCAGGCGCUUCUGCGCCGGGCUUGCGUCAGCGAGAGCUUCAUUCGAGCGACUUUCGGCACAUCUGCGGACGUGAAUCCAGCAGUGAUAGAGGGCGUCCGGCUCGUACACAUCGAUGACUUGAAACCGCACGAAGAGGUCUUGAAGGAUCGAGCUACAAAGCUACAGGAAUACGUGCGAGACCUGCCUGUCAAGAUUCUUCCCGCCAUCAUUGUAGAUUCGCAGUACGAUGUUGUGAUCGACGGGCACCAUCGUUUGGAGCUGUUCAAAGCAGCAGGCAUGACGAUCGUGCCAGCGGUGUCCGUCAAUUACGAGCAUCCAGAUAUCUUGGUAAAUCCUCCUGGCCUGCGUCCUGACAUUAGCAAGGAGCAGGUGAUCAACAGCGCCAUGAAGGGACACACCCUCGAGCCAAAGACGACGCAGCACCUGGUACGUUCACGAGGGGGCGCACUCCUUCCCAUAAUCGUGCUCGCGCCACAGAUUGCCGAAGUGGUUCACCAUUGA